AUGAUUGUGACUAUUCCUAAAGGAAAAAGAAAUUCUAUACCGACUUCCGGUUAUCAACAGAGUGCUGUUGGUAGUUCAACUCGAACCUUACGAAAAUUAAUACAUCAGCCGGCCAAUUUGAAAAAAAACAAUAAUAACAAACAUUAUAUGCAAGUAGCUUUGAAACCACUAGCACAUGAUAAAUCUCUUCCACACAAUAAAUCAAACGCGAAACCUAAUCAAUUACUCGGCAUUAAUGAGAAUUUGACAACACAAUCGCUUAACAAGCCAGGUACGACAAGUAAUCCCGGAGAACCCUCAUAUUUACAAGAAAAUCGAUCUCAAAUCACAAAUCUAUUGCCCAAGUCAAUUUUACGAAAAAAUUGUGGGAAUCAAAAACAAAUCAAACGAAAAGUAUCAUUCGCUGGAUCUAUAGUUUAUUAUAAUUCUUCAAAACCAAAUAGAUUUCAAGAGACGAUUACAAAACAACAACGUCGUGAUCAUUCAGUCACGUUUAACGCGAUUCCUGUCUCUCAAAUUAAUGCGUAUUCCUCGAACUUGAAAGAUUUCUCGACUUGGGAUAUCAAAGAAAUUAAAAAAGACAUUACGGAAUUCACCGUUCUAUCUUAUAUCAACACCUUUGAUGAAAAAACUACCGAGUAUGCAAAAAUUAUUAAGGACGCGUGUUUCAGCUUCUUGGUCAAUGAACUACCUAGAUUGUUCAAUCCUUUCGACACGGAUCGACACCAUCAUCAGUAUCAUCGACGUGAUGUGAUUGAAACAAGAAACGGAAUGUGCCACGACGAUGGCUAUCAAAAGUUGUUGAAUAUUUACGCUCGGCUUCCAUUCUCUUGGUUCAAACGCGUCAUCGAAUCUAAGAAUCUUGGGGUAACCAGCACAAUCAGAUAUAAACUGGCGAAAGAUAUCAUCAACAAACGCCAAGAACUCAAAAUCUCCGACAAAAAUGAAUUCGCGUAUAUGUCCUUUGGAACCAAGCAUCACCAAAAUAUUACUAUCGUCCAAAAACAAAAAGUACCAAAAAACGGUGGUCGACGUGUUUUGUCCAAACUGCACGGUCCAUUUGCAAAUAAAUAA